CGGAUCCCCGUGGCGAGGAGGGGAAGGGUGUUUGGGAGCGCCUGUGCCUCGGCACGGCUCGCGGACAGUCUCUGCGUGAAGUCCCCGCGGUGGCAGCAAGGCAGAAGGGCUGGGGAGGAGGGAAACUGGCGUAAAAGUUAAUGGUUCAGAGAGGCGAGGCACAGAAACUUGAAAGGCGUGAUCGCUGAAAAGCAACGAACGUCUGUCCGCAGCGGGCGCCGCGCGCGCGGAGCCGUGAGGGGCGGACUGAUACCUCCGCAGUCGGCGGAGCGGUGACGGCGGGCAACCGGAUUCUUCCGCCGGGCUGGGUUGCCCCGGGUGUGCGGCGCGGCCGAUGGGAGGGGCGGAGCGGUACGGGCAGGGCGCGGGAACAGGGACCGGCGGGAGAGCUUUGGAAACCGGGUGCCAGCUGAGCAGCAGUAAGCACACAAUGUCGCUGGCGAAGGGCUUCUGACAUUACCGCGAGGGUGAGAGCUACAACAUGGAAUCAAGGGCACCAGUUCUGAUGGAGCUAUCAAGGAAACAGGAAAGAGCAGCCCAGACACCCUACUACUUCUUUUCCACCUCUGCUUUUUCCUAGAUACGCUGUAACAGUAAGCUAGAAAACCUGAUUAUUUGCAUCUUGGGUGUAAGAGAAAACUAAGGUAUUGGAGAGAUUAAACAUUCAUGGCACGGUUGCAUAGAAUCAAAGGUGCUGGCUAAAAGUGAGCAGAUGACAUUUGAAUGGGACUCUCAGAUGAUUUCACAGAGGAACUCAAAAAUGUAUGAAUUGCCAGGGGCUGGAUAUCUCUAUGCUUAUAAAGGGAAACAUACUAAGUGGUCCUGUGCAGGAAAGAUUCUUGCAACAGUUACCUGGUACAUGAUUUGGCAACAAAUCAAGGAAAUUUGGGGGUUUUAUAUAAAGAAGUGUUCCAGAACUAAAGGAAGGUUUGGGCAGAUUAUUAACAGUAAGAGUAUAUGUGCAGUAUGGUAAGGUAUGAUGAAUAAUCUGUAUUCAGCCUAUGUGUGGAUAGAAGCUAUGUUGUCUUUAAGGUCUUGCAAUAUUCUCAGUCAGCCUAGGUCAACUAAGGUGAGUAGUCUUGCCAGCGGCAGACAAUUUGAUCAGUUUGACUGUUACUCGAGCAACCAGGGAAUACUGCAGCAGCAAAAGAUCAUGGAAAGAUAUGACCCACAGAUAGUUAUUGUGAAAAUAAAAUGUAGAAGACAGGGUAGUUCCAUAUCUCUUUAUCCUUGUUCUGUUUUCGAUUUGCAGCGUGAAUGCCUAUCUGUCCAUGUUGGUCAGGCUGGUGUUCAGAUUGGCAGUGCAUGUUGGGAAUUGUAUUGUCUUGAACAUGGGAUCCAGCCUGAUGGUCAAAUGCCUAGUGAUAAAACUAUCGGAGGUGGAGAUGAUUCAUUUAACACUUUCUUCAGUGAGACAGGAGCUGGUAAACAUGUUCCCAGAGCAGUGUUUGUGGACCUAGAGCCAACUGUAGUUGAUGAAGUCCGUACAGGCAUAUAUAGGCAGUUAUUCCAUCCUGAGCAGCUCAUUACUGGGAAAGAAGAUGCAGCCAAUAAUUAUGCCAGAGGCCAUUAUACCAUUGGAAAAGAGAUUGUUGAUUUAGUGCUAGAUCGCAUUCGCAAACUGGCUGAUCUGUGCACAGGACUGCAAGGUUUCCUUAUCUUUCAUAGUUUUGGAGGAGGCACUGGUUCAGGGUUUGCAUCUCUGCUCAUGGAAAGGCUCUCUGUUGACUAUGGCAAAAAAUCUAAACUAGAGUUUGCAAUUUAUCCAGCACCACAAGUGUCCACUGCCGUAGUGGAACCCUACAACUCAAUUCUAACUACCCACACAACAUUAGAGCAUUCCGACUGCGCCUUUAUGGUAGAUAAUGAAGCCAUUUACGAUAUAUGUCGUCGGAACCUUGACAUUGAACGUCCUACUUACACCAAUUUAAACCGAUUAAUUGGGCAGAUUGUUUCAUCCAUCACAGCUUCGCUGCAUUUUGAUGGAGCCCUCAAUGUAGAUCUGACAGAAUUUCAAACUAACCUUGUUCCAUACCCACGAAUCCAUUUCCCCCUGGUGACAUAUGCCCCUGUAAUCUCUGCUGAAAAAGCAUAUCAUGAGCAGUUAUCUGUGGCUGAAAUCACCAAUGCUUGUUUUGAACCAGCCAACCAGAUGGUAAAAUGUGACCCUCGCCAUGGCAAAUACAUGGCCUGCUGUAUGUUAUAUAGAGGUGAUGUUGUUCCCAAAGAUGUCAAUGCCGCUAUUGCUACUAUCAAGACUAAACGUACCAUUCAAUUUGUGGAUUGGUGCCCAACUGGAUUCAAGGUGGGCAUUAACUACCAGCCUCCAACUGUGGUGCCUGGUGGUGACCUUGCAAAGGUGCAGCAGGCUGUGUGCAUGCUGAGUAACACAACUGCUAUUGCUGAAGCAUGGGCUCGCCUCGACCACAAAUUUGAUCUCAUGUAUGCUAAGCGUGCCUUUGUGCAUUGGUAUGUUGGGGAAGGAAUGGAAGAAGGAGAAUUUUCUGAAGCCCGGGAAGAUCUGGCUGCUCUUGAGAAAGAUUAUGAAGAAGUUGGCAUAGACUCAGUAGAAGAAGAGGCUGAAGAAGGAGAUGAAUAUUAAGAAUGCUGAAGUCUGGAAAAAAUUAUUUAAAAAAAAACCCAAAACACUAUUGCAGGACUCUGUUCACUUGUUUGAUUGCUUUCAAAUAAAGUUUUAAAGGUUCUA